UAACGGAUAUGACGUACACGGAAAAGCUUGUGUGUUUUGUCAUGUGAUGCUCGCUUAGAAACGUCAGAGAAGAACUUAUAAAGCAUUGAGUUCAGUUGAAGUGUGCAUCAGGCGAAGUACAUAAUCAGUCCAAUGAAUAUGGCAGAUAAUCUCAGAAGCUAUUUGUAUAAACAACUACCAAGUGUUGAAGGACUUCAUGCAAUUGUGGUGACAGAUAGAGAUGGAGUCCCUGUAAUCAAAGUUGCUAAUGACAAUGCUCCUGAAUAUGCGCUGCGGCCUGCGUUCUUGUCUACCUUUGCUUUGGCAACUGACCAAGGCAGCAAGCUGGGCUUGUCCAAAAAUAAGAGCAUCAUUUGUUACUACAACACAUAUCAGAUUGUACAGUUCAACCGAUUACCCUUAGUGAUAAGUUUUAUCGCAAGUAGUAAUGCUAACACAGGAUUGAUCUUCAGUUUGGAGAAGGAGCUGGUUCCUCUGAUUGAAGAACUAAGGCAGGUGGUGGAAGUGGCUUAGCGGUUGUUCAUCUCAGACACCUGAAUGAUAACAGAGCCAAUAUCACGGUCCAAUCUGAGGUCCUGGUGCUCGAGUUCAUGCAAACACAUCUGUACAUAUGUAUUGUUGGCUGGCUGUUGUGUUGGAUGCUCUUGAUGCUGUAUGUAUUUUAUGAAUGUAACCUGCUCCUUUUUGUCUCAUCAUAAUUAAUAAAUGUGUCUGAAGUGUUGGUUUACAAAAAAAUAAAGUGUAUUUAUUGA